UGUGACGUCUCUGGCACACUGUUUUGGCGGCUAUCGUCGUUAUCGGCGAUAAGCAAGGAAUUCUCUCCUCGCGGCCACAGCGGCCACAGCGGCCCGUGCGGCAUAAGUGCGCCGACCGUCCCCACCGCCUCUUCGGCUGAAAAGCGAAGACAGUCUUGUUGGGACGUCAGCGCAGCCAGCCGCGCCGCCAGCAUGUCGGUGACCCUCCGCAUCCACUUCGACCGGCCGAACGCCGUGUACUUCCCCGGGGAGUUGGUGACGGGCCGAGUCUUCCUGAACGUGAGCAGGCCCAAGAAAGUCAGAGCGUUCAGCAUCCAACUGCGAGGCUUGGCGGACGUCAAGUGGACCGAGUCCAAGUCCAAGUCUAACAGUCACGGCUCCUCCAGCAGCGAGACGGAGACGUACAGCGCGACAGAGACAUAUUUCGACAACAAAGUCUACUUCCUGGGCGGCGCAACAGGCGAGGUGGAAAUCUCCCCCGGGGACCACGUCUACAACUUCGAGUGCAUGCUGCCCCGAGUAGUGCCGUCUUCUUUCGAGGGAGUACACGGCAGCAUCCGCUACACCGCUACGGCCGCCAUGCACCGGCCAUGGAAGUUCGACCACACCGCCAAGGCCGCCUUCACUGUCAUCUCGCACCUGGACCUCAACAACCGGCCGCAGGCCAGGGAGCCCGUGUCAGCCAGCGCGACCAAGCACUUCUGCUGCUGCUUUUGCAAGUCCGGCCCGCUCAGCGUCGACGUGCACCUGCCGACCGGCGGCUACGUCCCUGGCCAGGUCAUCCUGGGGCAGAUCCAGGUGGACAACGCCAGCAGCACGCGCGUGCAGCGCGUCCUCUGCGCCCUGGUGAAGCGGGUCACGUACUACGCGUCGGGCAGCACCAACAAGUCCAACGUCACGGUGGCGGCCACCAUGUUCGACGGCGCCGUGGAGACGCACGACAGCAAGGUCAUCUCGCUGGUGAUGCCCGUGCCCGCCGUGCCGCCGUCCAACCUGGAGCACUGCAAGAUCAUCGACCUGCAGUACGCCCUGACGGUGACAGCUGAAGUCCCCGGCAUCCGCUUCAACCUGCACUGUGUCGCGCCCAUCCUGGUGGGCACCAUUCCCGUGUUCGUCGAGGACGGCUGGAAUAGGGCCAACACGUCAGGGCCGGCCCUGGCCUCCGCCAGCGCCCCGCCAAUGUACAGCCAGUCAGACUUCCCACCGCCGUCCUACGAGGAGAGCGUCUUGAAGGGGAACAACAUCAUUGAUCCGACGGACAAGUACACGAUGGGGAAGGCGGACUUCACGCCGCGGUACCCCGUGUGGGCCUUCAGCAACCCGUCCUUCGAGCGUUAGUCGUUGACUUCUCGUCCACCCGUCCACCCGAGGCCAACAGCAUCACAAAUUACAUCAAAUUGAAUUUUUUUCUAGAAUUUUAA